AUGGCGCAGGAAUACUCAACUGCAGGGGACUACGGGCUAAAAACCCUACACGAACCCAAGGAUGCAAUCGUCGAUAUUGUUUUCGUUCACGGGCUAACGGGGAAUCGUGAGACGACAUGGACCUUUAAGCCCACGAGACAGUUCUGGCCCCAGAAAUUCUUGCCGGAAGACCUUCCGAAUGCGCAUAUCAUCACCUUCGGUUACGAUGGGGACAUCGUCGGGGCUCUUAAAGUUGCGGGCUCAAAUACUUUACGCGAUCAUGGAAAAACGCUAGCACAUGAACUAGCAGUAUCGCGGAAGAGAUCUAGGUCGAAUCAUCGGCCCUUGAUAUUCGUCGCACAUAGCCUCGGAGGUCUCGUGACGGAACAAGCUCUCCUGGUUUGUCGCGGAUCAGCCCAGCAGUACUAUAAAGAUGUUCUUGACUCAACAGCCGCAAUCGCUUUUAUGGGGACCCCCCAUCUCGGAUCAAAUAAGGCUGCGUGGGCAUUACCACUAACACGUCUAGCCAAUGUUCUUCGCACAGCAAAUAAAGAGAUUGUUCAAGCGCUAGCACCAGGGUCAGAAAUGCUCGCCAAUCUCCAACAAGAAUUCCAUUCAAUGCUAGAGGAUUAUCGCCAAAAUUAUAACAAAACUAUCGAAAUGUUUUGCUUUUAUGAGGAGCUUGAAGUGACUGGUGUUGGAAAGAUUGUGUCCGAUCAAUCUGCUAUCCUAGCAUCGUGUCCAAACCGCUCCAUUCAUGGCAACCAUAUGCAGAUGACGCGGUUCAACAGUCCUCAGGAUCCCGGAUACAUGGCCGUGAGCAACCAGCUGUGGAUAUGGGUAGAUGGAAUCGAAAGUCAACAAGCCCCCGUACCGGUGGAAGCUGGAAACCGAAGUUCUCGAUCAGGAUACAUGAUACAGUCAGGCGGUGGUCCAGUGAUGCUGGGGAACAUGAGUGCGGGACGAGAUUUUACAUUUAAUAAUAACAUCAGGCAUUGA